CGGGGCCGGGCUCUGGCCGGCCCCUCCCGCCGUGGUACUGGCGGCGCGGCCGGGCGCGGGUACGUGUGGCGCCAUGCCUCACAGAACUGAGCUGUAUCAUGAUGUCCCAUCAGCAUGCUGGCCUAUUGUAUAUUCUCCAGACUACAAUAUCACGUUUAUGGGACUGGAGAAGUUACAUCCAUUUGAUGCAGGAAAAUGGGGAAAAGUAAUCAAUUUCUUGAAAGAAGAAAAACUAAUUGCUGAUGAUUUGAUCGUUCAGGCACGAGAAGCUACUGAAGAAGAUCUCUUGGUUGUCCACACAAGGCGCUACUUGAAUAAACUGAAGUGGUCAUUUGUAGUGGCAACAAUUACAGAAGUUCCACCACUUUUCUUUCUUCCUAAUUUCUUUGUUCAGAGAAAGGUGCUGAAGCCUCUAAGAACCCAAACAGGAGGAACAAUAAUGGCAGGAAAACUUGCCAUUGAUAGAGGCUGGGCAAUCAAUGUGGGGGGUGGCUUUCACCACUGUUCAAGUGAUAAAGGUGGAGGAUUUUGUGCAUAUGCUGAUAUCACACUGGCUAUUAAGUUUUUAUUUGAAAGAGUAGAAGGAGUUUCUAAGGCCACAAUUAUAGAUCUGGAUGCUCAUCAGGGGAAUGGCCAUGAAAGGGACUUCAUGGAUGAUCAAAGGGUAUAUAUCAUGGAUGUGUACAAUAGGUAUAUUUAUCCAGGGGAUGGAUUUGCUAAACGAGCCAUAAAGCGGAAGGUUGAAUUGGAUGGGGGUACAGAAGAUACAGAAUAUCUUCAGAAAGUACAAAUACAUGUAGAAGGGACAUUAAAUGAAUCAAGACCAGAUAUAAUAAUAUAUAAUGCUGGAACUGAUAUCCUGGAUGGUGAUCCACUUGGAGGUCUAGCUAUUUCACCUCAGGGAAUCGUUAAAAGAGAUGAAAUAGUAUUCAUGGCAGCCAGAAGCCGCAGGAUCCCUAUCUUGAUGGUGACAUCUGGAGGCUAUCAGAAGAGGACAGCACGGAUAAUUGCUGAUUCCAUUCUUAAUUUGCACAACCUGCGACUUAUUGACAACAAGCUAGCAACCAGAGGAGCAGAAAACCCCAAGGUAGAGCUGAUGAUUAGAGGUUCCAGUUCAGAUUUAACUAACUAGUCACUGCAGUAAGGCAAUACUAAGUUUGAGAAAAGAAAACUUACUAAUUGUAUUGUGUGUUAAACUUAAGGACAAGAAGUCUAAACAACUCCAUCAGGGUUAAUUUAACAUUUGCAAAAGACUGACUUGCCUUGUACUCAGUUCUGUUAAUGUUUUAUAAUAGGUGGUCCCAAAAUAAUUUUAAAUGUCUGACUGACUCCUGAAGUCCUCUUGAGCAGCUGUCAUAUGAAAAGCCACAUAUAUUUGAGGUUUAAUUUAGGUGUGCACUUAAGAACAGUGUCUUUGUCUUUAUAUCAUAUGGUGUAGAAAGCUUUAAUUACUUCUCUUAUUUCUGUGGAGAGUUUACUGUUUUCUUGAAAAGACUUGCAUGGGUAAGAUUUGAAAACUGUCCAAGGCCUCUCUUUAAUGACAUUGGUACAUGGAAGGAGGCAGAGUCCAGAGCAAGAACGGUCUGGAAUGAAGACUUCUCAAUCUUUUUAAAGACAAUUAAAAUGUAGAUUCAGCUUUUUUUAUGCUGCUCCUCCAUUUUCCAGAUUUUGAUCAUGUAUUUUGAAAUUCAGAUCCUGUGGAGAGGACAGAGUAGCAGAAAAGGCAGGAAUACUAAGAAACUGUGGGGAGGAGAGGAGUAAUAGAAAGGGUGACUCAAUUUACCUACUUUUUGGAGUAGAUUUUCAACAAUAUGCAAACAACUCUAGGUGUGCAAUCUCUCACAUUUUGCUGUGAGAUUAGGGAACAAUAUUUAUUCAAACAGUUGUCAGAAAUCUUUUCCCACUUCAGUAAUCUAUAAUACUUCUCUGUGUUUAUACCAGUACUAGUAAUAUAAUCUUGUCACUGUUGAAUAUUUUGCUCUUAGUGUUUUUUCUCAUCUAAUAUUAGCAUGCAAUUCAAAAUAUUGAAGGAUCAAAAAAGUUCAUGUUUACAUAGAUUGGAAAUCUUUAAAAAUUAAUAAGAAAUGAAUAUAUAACUCAUUAAUGACCAAGAAUUUAUUAUCCAGGAGUCAAAAUUGCCAAAUAUAAAUUAUUGAAAUGAUAAGCAGUAGAGUUUCACUCUUCACAUAUAUAUCAUUAGAGUCCUUUGUUUAGUAAAUGAUCUAGUUAUUUGAAUUUUUCUAGGUAUGGUCACCAUUAUUAACCAUUCCUGUCAAUAAGAGAUAAAAAUAACUGUUUUAUUU